CAGCAUGGGCAACAGUGAACAGGCCAGGCUACUUUGCAAGAAGAAAAAGCCUUGGGGGGAAAAUUGGUGUGUGAUAAAGGACUUGAGGAAGAGAAGAGCAGCUUCUCCUCCUUUCCCAUCAAAUCGAAACUGAGACGAGGAAAAAGAAAAAAAUGCGAGUCUACGCGGGACCCCAGAGGAUGGAAGGAGGACCGCUAACCUAAGAAAACCGGAGGCGCCGGCAUCCAGAAGGGAAUCCCGAGGGUGGAGCCCACAGGGGAAGGAGGUGUGGAGUCAAGUCACGGAGAGUUGCCGAGAGAAGUGGGGGACAGGGAUAGUGAUGGGAGAAAAAGACUGCCAGGCAGAGAGAGGGGUGGGGCUGCCAGGGCAGUGCCCGGGGCAAAUGUCACUCAGAGCCGGGGGAGGGGAGGGUCCGAGCGCAGGAAUCCCAGGGCGGAGGAUCACUGCUUCAGCAGCCUCGAGCCGCAGCAGCUUAACGCUGCCCGCCCUGUGGUCCCUGCCCGGAGUCCCCGGAUCCCCGAAGGUGGGAAGCGGCAUCGCAGAAACCCAGAGCCGGAGGCGGCUUUACCUUCGCAGGAGGCUGGAGGCGCUCCAGCCCGAGCUCCGCCCGCCGCCGGCUCCACGUCUCGAGUGGGAUGAGGCGCCGCCGGCCCCGUUCCCUCUCGCUUUCCCUUUCCCUGCCGGGGCCUGUCGCCGCCGGUUCCUGCGCCGCGGCCCCCACCCCUCCGCUCCUCCCUCUGCCUCUCAGAGGCUCGCUCUGGACGCCGCCAUCUUCGACCAGGCUGCGAGCGCUGAACACUAACGCGCGUGCGUGGCCGCCGCCCCGGCCGUCACGAGACCCUGUCAGCUGACCUCAGCGCUUCCGCCUCGCGCCCCGCCCUGGGGCGCACUUUGCUCCCACCCUCUGCGGCCCAUUCGCGGUUUUCCGGGAAGCGCCUUGUGCUCACCGCCUGCCGUUCCGCCUCUCGGGAAGUACGCGUGCGCGUAGCGAAAGAGAGGCUUGGACCAAGCAGGGGGCGAGGCGCCACGCCCCCCUGGGGGCGUCCCGGGAGGCCACGCCUCUUGAAUAGAUGGAGACACGCCUCUCAGCCUGUGCUCUGCAGGGGCUUGAGUUGGCUACUGUUAAGUCUGAAAAGGAACUUAGACUUCAAUAUCCUGGCGCAUCCACGAAGCCGUUGAAAGCCUCAGUGCGCAUCUCUGGUUUAGCUGCCUUGGGGGCCUAACUUUUACUGGCUAUUGACACACCCUGAACGGGGCUUUAAGUUUUUAGUGUUCAGAGAGAUAAUGGAGACCGAAGCCUCAGAGGUCAAACACCUUUGCGGGUGGAGUGCUGGACAGUUAAGACUGCUGCCUUCGUUAUCUUCUGAUCCCAGAGCCAAGAUUUAACUGACCAGGUACUUAAGGCCAAUUAACGUUUAGCCGUCUGGUAGGGACUAUCCUCUAUUUUCAGAUAAUAAAUUGAGGUCUAAU